CCGCCAACAAGCCAUCUAGCUCGCAAUGUCUUCAAGUGCCAAGUGCCCAUCUGCCCAUGCCCACUCGUGGACCAGCAGCUGACUCAGCAGUCAGCACUAGCUCUGCAUGCCCACAGUCUCAUACUAAUGUCAACAUCAGCUCCUGCAUGUAACCAAGUAAACAGUCAAAAAAAGGCAGCACGCACCUCUCUUAUCCAAUCCGCUCUCCCUCUAUAUAAGCUCCAACCAUUCUUCACAAGUGGAGCCACACAAAUCACUCGCAGUGUAAGAUAGAUAGCAAACACUUGAGUUUGAUUCAAACAAUGGCAUUCAGAAGAGCGUGCCGCUGCUUGCUACUUGUCUCCUUGGCUCUGCUCCCGCUGGGCAUGGCCAUGGACUCAAUCGGCAGCUACUGCGCGGGAACCAGCUACGCGGGCAGCAACAAGGCCGUGGCCAACAUCAACUCCGUCCUCGCCGACCUCGUCGCCACGGGCUCCUCCGGAGGCUUCGCCACGUCCACCGCUGGCAAGGGCAACAACGUCAUCUACGGCCUCGCACAAUGCCGCGGCGACGUCUCCGCCAGCGACUGCGCGGCCUGCCUCUCCGACGCCGCCAAUCAGCUCCCCAGUACCUGCAGCUACAGUUCCGAUGCAAGAAUAUGGUACGACUACUGCUUCGUGCGAUACGAGAACGCCAACUUCUUCGGGCAGUCGGACACGGACGCCGGCGUGGUUCUAGUGAACGUGCAGGCGGAGGACAACGCGAAGGCGUUCGAGAAGGCGGUGGGGAAGGUGAUGGGGAAGGUCACGGCGCAGGCGUCGGCGGCGGGCAGCGCGGGGCUCGGGCGGGACAAGGAGCAGUACACGCCGUUCGUGUCCAUCUACGGGCUCGCGCAGUGCACGCGGGACCUCGCGCCGCUGACGUGCGCGCAGUGCCUGUCGACUGCGGUGUCCAGGUUCGGCGACUACUGCGGCGCGCAGCAGGGGUGCCAGAUCAACUACAGCAGCUGCAGGGUGCGCUACGAGAUCUACCCCUUCUACUUCCCCCUCGCCGGCAGCGGCGGCGGCCGCGCCACUACUGAUAUGACAAAGUACACCAAGAUCGUCGUGCAUCCUUGAUAUCUACGUACGUGGUGCAUAUAUGGUUAUGGUGUGCAUGCGUGCGUGCUUGCAUGCAUGCAUGCAUGUACACAUACGUAAGGAGCAAGUCGCUAGUUACGUGACUUUAUGAUGUUACAGCAGCGAACAAGCUAGUAUAAGCAAUAGCUAGCCUUCGCGUGCUGCAUCCAGGAAUAAAGAUGUACUGCGUACUAAACAGUGUAAUACUGUAAGUACGUCUGUGUCGAAGCAAUAAUAUUAACAAGUUAACUA